CCACGCCAAGUGACGAGCGACUACUGCGUUAGGAGCAAUGGCAGGUAGGGCGUUGGCGUCUCGGGCUCUGCUCGGAGUUUGGGGAAUGAGGGCCAUGCAAACCCGAGGCUUCAGCUCUGACAAGGAUCGUGAGAGUUCUUCCGGCUCGAUCCGAGACGCCGGUGGGGCCUUCUCGAAGAGAGAGCAGGCUGAAGAGGAGCGCUUCUUCCGACAGAAGACUAAAGAACAACUAGCAGCCUUGAAGAAACAUCACGAAGAUGAAAUCUAUCAUCAUAAAAAGGCAAUUGAACGUAUGGAGAAAGAAAUUGAACGACAUAAGUAAAAGAUCAAACAACUAACUCAUGAUUAAAUGCACAUGUUCCCCACAGAAUGGCGUCUAUCUUUGCCCACUUCUAUAUAGACAUAAUCCUGGUCUAAUUACUAUUUGGUCUGUAUGCUGCAAACAUAAUAAAUUGUCAUCAGUGA